AGCUGAAAAAGGCCAAAUAACUUCAGACAUAGACUCUAACAUUGGAAAAAGAAAAAGAGUGCCAUCAUUAAAAAAAAAAAAAUGGAGAUAUCCCUAUAUUUUCAGACAAUUCUGAUGACAGUACAGAUGACGAUAGAGGUUCAGAUCAUCAGACCACAUCCCCACAUGCAAAUAAAGAUUUAGUUAUUGAAUCACCCAAUAACUCAAUUAUAGUUGAUGCCACUUAAUUAAAUAAUCAUUCAAUAACAAUUUCACCAACAGCGAUUACUACAGAUAUAAAUGAUGGAGCUACAACAUCUUUUUUUGCAGAAACAGAUGAAGAGUUAAUGCAGCUUUUAGACACCGAAAAUUCAUCAUUAGUGCCAGGUUCGUCUAGACAUGAAUUUGCAGAAUAUUCUAAAGAGCCAAUCAUCAUUCAACAUCAUCAUUCCAGCUCUUCAAUUACUGCAACGCCUGUUACCCCUACAACCCUCAAAGAUGCUACAUUUACUAAUGAAGAUUUUCAGUCGUUUGUUAAAACCAAUCUCACCAAUUUAAAGUAUGAACUUAAAAGUAUGGCUUUCUCUAUAGAAACUGUAAAAAAUAUGAUGGCACAACAUGUGGAACAUUAUUCUACAUUGCAUCAAAUUGUAGAUAAUGAAUCUUUGAUAGUUAAUGAAUCUUCUGAAAUUGUAUGGCCAAUAAGCAAUGAUGAAGAGCUCGAUAAUAUUGAAAAGUUGCUCGAUAAUCGAUUAAUUAGGAAUAACCAAGCCAUUAUUUUAUCAAGAUCAGCUGGCAUUAAUAUAUCCGAUACAAUUCGAAGAAUUAUGCAACAACUUUUUACAGAUCAAUUUCUUCGUCAAUAUUCAUACUCUGGUUUUAAAGGAAAACACAAGUUUUCAACAUUGAAAUGUUGCAGAUUAUUAUUUGAUUCAAUAAGAAAAAUCAAAAAAUUUGAUGCAGUACCAGAUGUUGAUAUAAUUAGCGCACUAUCAAAGUGGAUGGCACAAGCUACAAACCGUAUUCAUAAAAAAGAAUCUAAAUCUAAAAAUUAAUUAGCAUUAUAUUAUUAUAAAAAUAAUUUUUUUUAUAAAAAGCUU